CAUACGAGUACGACCUGACCUAACUCGAAACCGCUUUCUAAGCGAAAUCAAAAUACAUUCGUGUAGCAUAGCAGUAUACACGACUGAAUUUUUUAGCAACUCAGCACUAUAUUCACUCCAAUCAAUUUCUGCAAAUCCCAGACAAAUAAAUUCAUCAAGAACUUGUAAUAAAAUCGCAAAAAUUAUUGGUUGUAUGAAUUAAAAAUCAAUGUCGAUGAACAAGAUAGAAGAACCAAGCACAGCACCAAGUCCAGAUCAAUGGUAUACUCUAUCCCUAGGUUCUACCUUCAAAGAUCAUCAACCUUCUUCCAAAUUCUGCACUUUACGCUAUGAAUUUAAGCCGGCAUCGAUCGAUAAAACUCAACCAGGAGCAUUGCACAAGACGAAGGACAACAAAGUUAGCGUAGAAUUUAACAACAAUCAACCUGGUAAACCUAAGGUUACCUUCGAAGGUAAUUCUGGCGAAGAUUACAAGGAAAACGACGCCGUUUUGCUCUUUGACGGCCAUAGUUUCCGCCUUGAACGCCUUCACCAUGCUGUCAAGCGUUUGCGCCAUAAUCGCUUGCCUGGCGAAUCCUCCGCCGCGGCGUCGGCUGCAUCUUCCGCCGCGGACGGUGGUUCGUCGCCGGUAGUCAGAGGAGGUAAACCUCAGGCUCAGGUGCAGCCUCAGCAUCAGCAUCAGCCUCAAGCGUAUAAUAGCCGGCCUGCGUUUACGCCUCCUCGGCCGCCUCCGGCACCGCCUGUUGCGGUUGAAGUUGAGCGAAUCGAUAUUGGUGAUGCUGGAAAUUCAGGAGUAAAACCUGGUGUUGACAAGUCAGCCACUACCCCUCAACAAUCAAAUGUUAUGGCAUCACCGGACUCAAAGGACUUUGAUUUGGAAGAGCAUUUAGACAUAAUGAAUGAUGAUGACGAUGAUGAUGCAUUGGGGCCUGUCAAAGAUAGUGCUGAAGAAAAAGCAGUACCCCAUACUGGCAUUGAUAUCAACAUCCCGCAGCAAAAUGACAUGGAUGUCGAGAUUGCUGAUGUGGACGUUAAUGAUGAUGAUGGGGUAGAUGCUGCUGCGGCCUUAAGAGCCCAGGUAAAUGCAGUGGAAGGGGUAGACCACACGUCCAGCUCAAGUGGCAGCAGUGGGAGUGAUAGUAGCGGUAGCAGCAGUGGAAGUGGUAGCGGCAGUAGCAGCAGUGAAAGUGAUAGCAGUGAUGGUGACUCGGUCAAUUCUAUCUGAGUUCUGCAUUGCAGAAUUGGUUAUGUAACUAUGGACGGUGCACAAAAUGUGGUGCUUCUAUUGUUAUGAACUUGUAAUGAGAGAUGAGGGAAUUUAAUGUAUUUUCAAAUUUUUUUUGCUUAUUUGACGGGAAUCUGAAAUGUAUGAUAGUUACGGAGUAUUUGUGAAGUUCUAAUACAGCAAUACUACGUAAGUAAUAGAGUUCUUUUUAAACUGUCAUUCAAUUAUGUACUUCGUAAUUCCUUACGUUCUCAACAUUUUUUUUUUGGCCACUUA